AGCUGAGCGUCUCAUCACCAUCCAUUCCACUGUUAAAGCGCGCGUCUAACCAGAAUUAAUAUAAGGUGCCAUGGCUGACGCCGCGAAAUCAUUUGCAAAAGACUUUCUAGCCGGUGGAGUCGCAGCUGCCAUUUCUAAAACAGCCGUCGCGCCAAUCGAGAGAGUAAAACUGCUUCUGCAGGUACAACAUGCCAGCAAACAAAUCAGCGCUGACCAGCAAUACAAAGGAAUUAUCGACUGUGUCGUAAGGAUUCCCAAAGAGCAAGGCUUUGCCUCCUUCUGGCGUGGCAAUCUAGCCAAUGUCAUCCGUUACUUCCCCACACAAGCCCUCAACUUUGCCUUCAAGGACAAAUAUAAGCAGGUCUUCUUAGGUGGUGUUGACAAGCAUACUCAAUUCUGGCGCUAUUUUGCUGGAAACCUGGCAUCUGGAGGUGCAGCAGGAGCCACAUCUCUUUGUUUCGUCUAUCCCCUCGACUUUGCCCGUACCCGUUUGGCAGUUGAUGUGGGAAAAGCCUCAUCUUCCAGAGAAUUCACCGGCUUGGGUAACUGCCUGACUAAGAUCUUCAAGUCUGAUGGAUUGCGAGGCCUGUAUCAAGGCUUUAGCGUCUCUGUGCAGGGCAUCAUCAUCUACAGGGCAGCAUACUUUGGGAUCUACGACACAGCCAAAGGCAUGCUUCCUGACCCCAAGAACACCCACAUUGUGGUUAGCUGGAUGAUUGCACAGAGUGUCACAGCAGUAGCUGGUGUGGUUUCUUACCCAUUCGACACCGUCAGACGUCGCAUGAUGAUGCAGUCUGGACGCAAAGGAGCCGACAUUAUGUACACUGGGACACUCGACUGCUGGAGGAAGAUUGCACGCGAUGAGGGCGCCAAAGCAUUCUUCAAAGGAGCUUGGUCGAAUGUUCUCAGAGGCAUGGGAGGUGCUUUUGUGCUUGUGCUAUAUGAUGAAUUCAAGAAAUUUGUUUAAUCACGCCAAGCCAGUAGUAAGAAUUAAAAAGAAAAAUCAUAUAAUAGAUCUAAUUGCUAAAGUAUAUCAUGCUUUCCCCAAACAUUGUUCUCUUUGCAGUGUGUAGCUAGUUAUCUAUGUAAAAGUCCAAUAUAAAUCCUGUAUAUUAUUUAAUCUGUGUAGCAUUUAUUUAAACACAAUGUGAAUUAGUUUCUAUUGGCAUAUAAUACUGCACAAACCUAAAUAGUAGUUUAUUUUUGUUGCUUAUCUUUAAUAAAAUUGGGUUAUUAUGGAAUGUUAUUGUUUUGUUGUGUAUGAACACUUGGCACAAAAUGACUAAAAAUAAGACUAGAUCGUGUAAUAGGUUUUGAAAGUAUUAACCAAUGUCCCAGGCUCGAAUGUAAUGGCUAGUAUAUAGCAACGGUUUAUCUUCAUUCCAUAAAAUUGUAGGAAAAUUGAAAAAUGCUACUUAACUCUAAUAACAAGUAUAUAAAACCAGAUAAAGGAUCAAACACAACAGAUUAAAAUUUGAGCCAUGAAUUUCCUUUUCAUUUCUGUCCAAACUUGGAUAAGCAUAGGCUUGGCUGGUUCAGAGAUGGAUUCAACAUGAUGCUUUAAUUCCCCUCUUUGCGAAUUGGAAAAUGAUCAGCACAGUAAAUGGCGCCAACACUGUUACUACAGAGCCAGAGAAAUGGCCUUCACAUUCAGAGCCUGGGUGACAUGACGAGUAACCUUUUUUGUGGAACACUGCUAAAAGUAUUUUCCUUCUCAAGCAAUGAAGGAAGUUAUAUUUUCAUGGUGAUUUUCUUGUCAGUAUGUCAAGUUAUGCCAGACUGAUCUCGAUUAAUAAGAUCUCAUUAUAAGGAAUGUAAACGUCCAGGUGAAAAGGACAACCGUUUGUGUCCACAUGGGACAGUGUAAAGAGACAUCGCCCAUCGUGUGAAAUAUGUUGUAGACAGACAUUGAGAGAAAACACAUUCGCAGAGAUGUUAUUCUUGACUAAACAGCCGGAAUGCUUGUAAACACAAUAAAA